AUGCUCAAAUCAACAUAUAAGCCGUCGGCGCAUGCUCCGCCGCCUCUCCCUACAGGGUGGACGGAGCACAAGGCGCCAACGGGCCAUACAUACUACUACAACGCCGCGACAAAAGAGUCGACCUACAAGAGACCAGGCGCCGACGUUUCUGCUGCCACGCCAGCGCCGCCACCACCUGCUGGCUCCUCGUCGCUCCCCGGUCAGCAGGAUCCACGAGCAAGCUAUCGUCAGUACUCGGCAGUCGGGUCCCUGGCUGACCCGACGGCGGCCAAUGCCUUUCUCGCCCAGUAUGGACCGCAACCACAACGGCCGGGAGGGCGCGGCGACGUCAACAAUGCGCCAGGAAGGGGAGGGCACCACCGAGGGGGCGGCGACCGACCCAAACCCGAGCCACACGACCGACCCAAGUCCAAGGUGGCCAUCCCCGGCUUUGAGCCGUGGAUCCUAGUGUACACAAAGUAUGGGCGGCGGUUCGCGUACCACCCUGAGAAGAACGCGAGCUACUGGCGGAUACCGGAGAAGCUGAUGAAGGGCAUUAUUGAGCUGGACAUACGAGGCGCAAAAGAAAAGGCUGAGCAAGCGGCACGGGCUGAAGCUGGAGAGGCAAACGGCACCGGUGCAGAGGGAACUUCAGCGUCAGCGUCGGUCGAAGAGGCGCAAGCAGCUGAAGACGUUGAGAUGCAAGACGAGGAGCAAGAGGAGCAGGAAGAGCUCGGGUCGGAUUACGAAGAAGUCGAGGUCACAGAUGACGAAGGCGCCGAGGACGAUGAAAUGGGAGAUGACGAGCAUCCAUCGAAGCGCCAGCGCACUGAGGAGGCCGCCGAUGAUCUACCCGCCGAGUUCACCGAAGACGAUAUAGCGUUCCAGCUGCAGGCCAUGGGGGCAGACUAUGGCCUCGACCCUGGCGAGUAUGACGACGGAACGGACCCUUCCACUUGGCCCGAAGGCGCCGAGGGCUUCACCCUGUCUGAUGAGGACGCGCGUGAGCUGUUCAAGGAUAUGCUAAGUGAUUUCGACAUUAAUCCAUUCUCAACAUGGGACAAGUUAUUGGAAGACGGGAAAAUCAUCGACGAUCCGAGAUAUACUGUGCUCCCGAACAUGAAGAGUCGCAAGGACGUUUGGGAAGAGUGGUCACGGGCACAAAUUCAGGUCAUCAAGGAGCGCCGGCAGAGAGAGGAGAAGAAGGAUCCACGGAUACCAUAUCUUGCAUUCUUGAAGGAAAAGGCCAACCCAAAGCUAUACUGGCCAGAGUUCAAGCGAAAGUAUAGGAAAGAAGAGCCCAUGCGCGACACCUCCUUGAUUGACAAGGAUCGGGAGAAGCUAUACCGCGAGUAUAUCAGCAGGCUAAAGAUGCCAAUGGAUACGCUGAAAAAGGACUUGACUACUCUCCUCAAGAGCGUCCCGCCAAAGCACCUGAACAACAAGACAAUGCUUGAGAAUUUGCCGAGUCAGAUCUUGGCAGAUGUCAGAUAUGUGUCACUGGAUGCAAAGACACGAGAUCCCCUGCUCAAAGCUUAUAUCGAUACUCUGCCACCGCCACCAGAGGAAGGCGAGGCUGCGGAGGAUGAAGCCGCCCAAAAGGCACGAGACGAUAGGCAAAAGCGGGAGAAGGCACUGGCGGAAAGAGAGAGGCAGGUCGCUGAGGAGAAGCGGAGACAGAAACGUCAACUUGAGCACGGCCGGGCAGCGCUGAGGGAGGAGGAACGCGAGCUGGAGGCGGCAAUGAAGAUUAGCAAACAAGGCAUUCAUAGUCAACUACUCAAAGAGAGGGAGAAGGGUAUCCUCGACGAAGGCGCUGCAAAGGAGGGCAGCGACUGA